UGCUUUUCCAUUUCCGCUACACUUUACAAAUAAACAUCAUGGCCCGAGACCAACUCUUGUCCGAGGAAACCUUCUUUUCUGAGCACACAGGGAUUGGGUUGAUUGGGUCGACAACGUUGUUGAAGAAAGCUUUGGAGACCCUGACGUACAGCUCCUUGUGUUUGCCGGAGAACAUCAAAUCUCGUGGCCUACAGGACAUACACAACUUCUAUUACAGAGAUGAUGGCCUCAAACUGUGGAACAUCAUCUAUGAGUAUGUUGACGGUGUGCUGGGAUGUUUCUACACUUCUGAUGAUUUCGUCCAGAGAGACAAAGAGCUACAACUGUGGAUUGAAGUGAUUUUUGAGAAGGCUUUUCUCCAAAGACAAUCCUCAGGGAUACCCCAGAGCUUCACGUCCCUGGAACAGCUGGUCAAGUUUGCCACCAUGGUCAUUUUCACCGCAUCAGUUCAGCAUGCUGCCGUCAACAAUGGACAGUUUGACAAUGGUGGCUGGAUGCCAAACUUCCCCAGUUCUCUGAGGCGGCCCCCUCCGUCCCGUAAGGGGGAGACCAAAGAGGAGGACAUCCUGGAGGCUCUGCCUGACAUCGGCACCACUGUCCAUACCAUGGCCGCCCUAUACCUACUCAGCCAGAAGUCCUCCGACUAUUACAGCCUGGGUAACUCCCCUGAGCAGCUGUUUGUGGAGCCAGAGUGUCUGCAGCUGCAGGAGGAGUUCAGGACGAAGCUGGAGAUGCUCAGCUACGACAUCAAGGCAAGAAAUGUUGGACUGGCCUUGCCAUACACAUCUCUAGACCCGCAGAAUAUUGAAAACAGUGUUGCCAUUUAAAAUCAUAUGCCAUAAAUGCUGUACUUAACAUGUCGAUUUGAAGUUCUUUAAUUGUAUUUUUAUUUUUAUUUUACCUGGUGUAACUUUCAAUUGGGUUUUGAUACAUUCUUUGCGAUCAGAGACUAUCCCCAAAAGUGACUGAACAACUUCUCGGAAUGCACCAGAAUUCAGGAAGUUCCACCUACCUCAAGAGCAUCACUGUUUAGCAUAUAGUGCAGGGGUGUCAAACUCAAAUUGACCGGGGGCCAAAAUCAAAAUAUGGAACGAAGUCGAGGGCCGAACUCAAGAUUUAUUUGUAAUAAAUGGACUAAAAUCCUGCAGGCACGUUCUUACUCAUAGUUAAAUUUCACACACACUGGCACAUAUUGUAUUGCAUAGGAGUGUGAGCUGUGUCAUUGGCCUGGGCCCGCUCAUACUUCUGAGAAACACAAAAUGUCAUGUUCAAGUCUUGGUAAACUGUACAUUAAUGAUGUAUGAGGGCCAACUGUAAUACACAUUUGAAAUGAUCUCGCGGGCCAAAUAAAGUGACUCAGCGGGCCAGAUUUGGCCCCCGGGCCUGAGUUUGACACCCCUGGUAUAGUGUGUCUGUACCAUUGGUUCUAAUAUACAAUCAAUGAUCUGUACACAUUGUAUUACACUGGUUUAUUAUCUCCCCUGAAACAUCACAGUGUAUUUUUCUAUUGUGGAUUUUUGUUUGGUGUGGCAUUCUUAGGUUUGCAGUGUCGUCCUCAGUGGUAUUCCACUGCAGAGGGUGUGUUUGCAGUUGCUAAUUAGGUCAUAGAAGUGACC